AUGGCAGCCAUCGAGGUGAUCACAUCGCAGGAGAGGGGAGUGAAAAUGAAAAAGAUUACUGGCGAACCAUACACAAUCCUUAUUCGAGUAUGGAAUGAAACUGUCAGCAAUCUGACAUUGAUGGCUUUAGGGUCGUCAGCUCCUGAGAUUUUGCUGUCUGUUAUUGAGAUUUUCGGAAACAACUUCGAAGCGGGUGAUCUUGGUCCUAGUACCAUAGUCGGGUCAGCAGCAUUCAAUCUAUUCAUCAUCAUAGCAGUUUGCAUUCAGGUGAUUCCUGCCGGUGAAACUCGUCGAGUUCAACAUGUGCAUGUGUUUUGGGUCACAGUGAUCUGGUCGACAUUUGCCUAUAUAUGGCUCUAUCUAAUCCUUUGUUUUUUCAGUCCAAACGUAGUAGAGGUUUGGGAAGGUGUCCUUACAUUCAUAUUCUUCCCUUUAACGGUCCUUUCCGCAUACGUAGCCGACACAUACACAGGAAUCUUUGGUCAACGUCCUUCUGCUAUGGGAUACCAACGUCUUAAUAUAUUCCACCAUAAAAGCUUUAGGAUACUCGUCAACCCCAUUCAAACAUUUUUCGCACGUCGACGAACACCAAGACGAAGUCCAACGAAGGAAAAAUCUGCAGUUACGAUAGAAAAUGGAACAGAUGACCACAGCGCUCAACAUCCUGAUGCUCCGAUAGAGGAAUUAGAGAAGCUGGCAACCGAGCGCGUAGUCAGCCGACAAAAGAAAAGUCGUGCAUUUUAUCGAAUACAG